GAUCCAGGUAAUGAUUUCAUACAGACAGGCAUCUUCCAGGAUAAGGAGACAAUCCAUGUCUAUCCAAUUCCUGUCCCGGCCUCUCUGAGGCAAGACACAAGUCAUCCCAGAUUCAGUGUGGAACAGGACCAAACAAGGACAUGAAUUUGGGGAGGAGUGAUUCACUGAGAGCCAUCUUCGGAAUCUAGCUACCACACCAGCCUAGCUGCCAGCUCCUCACUCAAAAUCCAUUGGAAGAAGAUCUAAGCAAAAAAAUGGACAAAGAUGAAGAGGCUUUAAAGGCAGCUCAAGCAGAACUCAAGGAAGCCCGACGCCAGUGGCAUCACCUGCAAGUGGAAAUUGAAUCUCUGCAUGCUGUGGAAAGGGGCCUUGAAAACUCCCUACAUGCCAGUGAGCAACAUUACCAGAUGCAGCUGCAAGACCUAGAGGCAGUGAUUGAAGGACUAGAAAAAGAGUUACAGGAAGUAAGGCGUGGCAUUGAAAGGCAGCUUCAAGAGCAUGAAAUGCUCCUCAACACCAAGAUGAGGCUGGAACAGGAAAUCGCAACAUAUCGCCGCCUCCUGGAAAAGGAAGAAAUCAGAUAUUAUGGUAGUAUCCAAGGUGGGAAAAAAGAACAAAAACCUACCACAAGUAGAGUCGGCUUUGUUUUACCUUCAGCCAUUAUAAAUGAAAUAUCUUUUUCAACAAAAGUCCCACAAAAGUAUGAGGAUGAAAAAGUGGAAACAGUGACCAAACAGGCAAUAUUAAAUGGAAAUAUUGUGAAAGAAAGCACUGAAGCUCAUGGCACUAUUCAGACAGAGAAAGUGGAUGAAGUUAUUAAAGAAUGGGAAGGCUCCUUCUUUAAAGAUAACCCUCGAUUAAGGAAAAAAUCAGUUUCUCUUCGAUUUGAUCUUCAUUUAGCAGCCACUGAUGAAGGGUGUUCACAGACUAAGCAGGAUAAUCUACCAGAUAUAGAAGUCAGGCUUAUCAUGAGAAGAUCAUGCAGUAUCCCCUCUAUCAAACGUCCAUCAACAACUAAUUAAUCCAAAGACAGUAUUUGAUUUGACUUGAAAAUGACAUUAGGAUGGACCAGGGUAGGCCUGCUGGCCACCUUCUGUUCCAAAAUGUAAGUUAUUAAGUAUGUAUGUUAUGACCAAUGUAGGACUCAUCAGAAAAAAAAAGAGGGAGGGACAAAAUGCCUCUGGAUAUAAUUAUAGGUGUAUUUUUUUUUUUUUUUUGGACAAAGGGAGCUUAAAAUCAGAAAUUUAGUACAGGUUCUAUUUUAUUUAUUAUCCAAAUAGUCUUCUUUUUCCCUUAAAUUUUUGUCAGAAACUGUAAGCAUUAAGAUGGUUUAGUUAAGUCUUUAAAAUUUCACUAAAUGGCUGAACAUUCUAAGGAAAAGGGAAGAGUCUGUUUAAAUAUGAUUGUAUUAUGUUAAGAAACACAUUGAGUCAUCAUUAUUCCAUGACUGGUUACAUCUGAAAGGAUUUUUUCUACUUAAAAAAGAAAGCAAUUAUAAACAAACCUUUAAAGAGGACUCACUAUUCACUUAACUGAAUUCUUUCCUUUCGAGAUAAUAAUUUGUGCAGGUAGAAAAUAAGAGUUAUUUUCUACAAGAUGUUUUGAGCAAACUAUAGAAGACACCCCCAGGCUCAUCUGAUGAUUAAAUUAAUCUUCAUCUGAUGGUUCUCUGUUAUCAUUAUCUGAUUUCCUGAAGAGUAACUUUACUCGAAGAACUGUAAAGGUUGUAUCCUCCCACACAAAAAUCAGAGGGCCAGCUACAGAAGCAAAAGAAGAAAGCUAGUUACUACAAUUACUGGAACAGGAUCCAACCUCUUAUCAUUCCAGCUUUUCCAUCUGUAUAAAGUUAAAUGUGAUUUAAUUUGAGACUCUGAUGUGAGCAUUAGAUAAAGAUACUAUAUAAAGUAUUAUAAAUAUGUCUUGCAAACAUUCAUGUGAAUUAAGAUAACAGUAUUGUUAUCUAAGCAAAGAGUAUUUGCAGGAUUUAUGUUUGUAAGUUGUUCAAACCCUAAUAAAUAUGGAAAGAAAAUAUAUUUGUGAAUAAGUCAAGUAUUGUUGCAAAGUUUUUUAAACAGCCUAAUUUGUUUAAUACAGGUAUAUUUAAAGACCUUAAAUAAUAAAUACUUGUUUUAAAACAUUAGAAAUUUAUAGGCUAUCAAUUUUUUUCUAAGCAGAAAAAACAAUGAGUAUAACUCUCCAUACU